GAACUACUUGGAGUGAAUGUCUGUGAGAACUUCUCGGACUGCACAAAUGAGGAGAAACUACAGAGUGCUACAGUGAAGGAAAAGCCAGGGCCCUCUACCAUCAAGGAGAGAAUUGUGUCACUUUGGUUCAAGAGACACAGUGGCGAAUCAUAUGUGGUGCGGCUUGGUCUUACAACGUCCUGUCAGACCCACUACAACAAUGGCCUCAAGACGUCUCUGGAGGACAAGACCCUCAACAAAAGGUCUCAAGACGCUGCUAGGAGAAAAUGUACCAACCUUAUAGACCACCACAAGAACAUCGGACAAAAGCCCUGGGACAAAAAGCCCCUGGGACAAAAGCCCCUAGGACAAAGCCCCUGGGACAGCCCUGGACCAAAGGGGCCCCCUGGGACAAAGCCCCUGGGACCAAAGCCCCUGGGACAAAGCCCCUGGGACCAAAGCCCUAGGACCAAGAGGCCCCUGGGACCAAGCCCUGGGACAAAGAGCCCCUGGGACAAAAAGCCCCUGGGACAAAAGCCUGGGACGAAGCCCCCUGGAUAA